AUGGAAGAACUGUAUGACAUCAUUACUGGACUUGAGAACAAAAAUCCAGAAGCUGCCUUUAUUGUGCUGGGAGACUUCAACAGAGCCAACAUGAAGAAGGUUCUCCCCAAAUACUAUCAGCACAUCUCCUUCCCCACAAGAGGUGAUCAAACAUUCGACCACUGUUACACUCCAUUCAAAGAGUGCUACAAACCCCUCCCCCGCCCAGCUUUUGGUAAGGCAGACCAUUGUUCCAUACUGCUGCUGUCUGCAUACAGACAAAGACUAAAACAGGAAAAACCAGCUUCCAGGGUUAUUUACAAAUGGGACAGUGAGGCUGAGGAGGUCCUGCAGGACUGCUUUGAGACAACUGACUGGCAGAUAUUUGUGGAUGCAGCUGAUGGCAACAUCAAUGAACUCACAGACUCUGUCAUUGGAUAUAUUGGAAAGUGCAUGGAUGAUAUCAUCACAAAAACCCCUGUCCGCAUAUAUCCAAAUCAGAAACCCUGGGCCAGAAAGGACUACAGGGACAAAAUGGAGUCCAGCUACCACAGCUUUGACACCAGGCGACUGUGGAAUGGACUGCGCUGGAUCACUGACUACAAGAAGGUCAACACAGUCGAUCCUCACAAAGCUCCAGGACCGGACGGCAUCCCAGGCCAGCUACUCAGAGUGUGUGCAGACGAGCUGGCAGAGGUGUUCACCAACAUCUUCAACCUCUCCCUGAGGCAGUCAGUGGUCCCCACAGCAUCCACCAUCAUUCCCGUUCCCAAAAAAUCAGUGGUCUCCUGUCUGAAUGACUACCAUCCUGUUGCACUGACAUCCGUCAUCAUGAAGUGCCUGGAGCGGCUGGUCAAAGGUCACAUCUGCUCCUCCCUCCCUGACACACUGGACCCUCUUCGGUUUGCCUAUUGGACAAACAGAGCCACAGAGGAUGCCAUCGCCCUGGCAACACACACCACCCUCACUCACCUGGAGAAAGGGAAUACAUAUGCAAGGAUGUUCUUCAUCGACUACAGCUCGGCAUUUAACACCAUCAUCCCCUCAAAACUUGCCACGAAGCUCGUCGACCUUGGGCUGGGAACACCGAUCUGCAGAUGGAUUCUAAACUUCCUCACAAACAGGCCCCAGCAUAAGAUCAGUCUGAGGAGGAGAUGUGAACGUGUGACAGAAGGAAGCGAUGAAACAGGAAGUAGAACCCUCCUCAACAGGGUCUACACUGAGCUCUACAUCACAGAGGGACAGAGUGAAGAGGUUCAUACCCAACAUGAGGUGAGGCAGCUGGAGACAGCUUCCAAGAUGGACGCCCUCCAUGACACUCCAAUCAGGUGCCAGGACAUCUUUAAAGCCUUACCUGACCAACAGAGACCCAUCAGAGUGGUUCUGACCAACGGCGUGGCUGGUGUUGGAAAAACCUUCUUGGUGCAGAAGUUCACUCUGGACUGGGCAGAGGGCUUGGAGAACCAAGAUGUCAGUGUGGUGGUUCUGCUUUCAUUCAGGGAGCUGAACCUGAUCAGAGAUGAACAGUACAGUCUUCUGGAGCUGCUCCAUGUUUUCCAUCCAACAUUACAGAAGGUCACAGCAGAGAAGCUGGCUGUCUCUCAGCUUUUGUUCAUCUUUGACGGCCUGGAUGAAAGCAGACUUUCAUUGGAUUUCACCAACAGGAAGCUGCUGUCUGAUGUCACACAGAAGUCAUCAGUCAGCGAGCUGCUGACAAACCUCAUCCAGGGGAAUCUGCUUCCUUCGGCUCUCGUCUGGAUAACUUCCCGACCUGCAGCAGCCAAUCGGAUCCCUCCUACAUGUGUUGACAGGGUAACAGAAGUACGAGGCUUCACUGACGCCCAGAAGGAGGAGUACUUCAGGAGGAGAUUCAGUGAUGAAGAGCAGUCCAGCACAAUCAUCUCCCACAUGAAGACAUCCAGGAGCCUCCACAUCAUGUGUAGUAUCCCAGUCUUCUGCUGGAUCACUGCUACAGUUCUGGAGCACAUGUUGACUACAGAGCAGAGAGGAGAGCUGCCCAAGACCCUGACUGACAUGUACUCACACUUCCUGCUGGUUCAGACAAAGAGGAAGAAGAACAAGUACCAUGAGGGACAUGAGACGAGUCCACAGGAGCUGACUGAGGCUGACAGGAAAGUUCUUCUGAAGCUGGGGAGGCUGGCGUUUGAACAUCUGGAGAAAGGAAACAUCAUGUUCUACCAAGAAGACCUGGAGCAGUGUGGUCUGGAUGUUAAAGAAGCCUCUGUGUACUCAGGAGUUUGUACAGAGAUCUUCAAAAGAGAGAGUGUGAUCUUCCAGAAAACAGUCUACUGCUUUGUUCAUCUGAGCAUUCAGGAGUUUCUGGCUGCAGUCUACAUGUUCCACUGUCACACCAACAAGAAGACAGAGGUGCUGAAGAACUUCCUGGGGAAAGACUACAAUGAAUUAUCUCUGGAUGGUUUCUUAAAGAGAGUCAUGAAAACAUCCCUCCAAACAAAAAAUGCCCACUGGGACCUAUUUGUUCGCUUCCUUUAUGGCCUCUCUCUGGAGUCCAACCACAAACUCUUAGAAGGUCUGCUGGGCCAGACAGACAACAGUCCAAAAAUCAUUAAGAGGGCCAUCAACAAUCUGAAGGAAAUCAAUAGUGACAAAAUCUCUCCUGACAGAAGCAUCAACAUCUUCCACUGUCUGAUGGAGAUGAACGACCUCUCAGUAUAUCACGAGAUCCAAGAGUUCCUGAAGUCAGAGAACAGAUCAAAGAAGGAACUCUCUGAGAUCCACUGCUCAGCUCUGGCCUUCAUGCUGCAAAUGUCAGAGGAGGUUCUGGAUGAGUUGGACCUGCAGAAGUACAACACAUCAGAGAGGGGACGACUAAGACUGAUUCCAGCUGUAAGGAACUGCAGAAAGGCUCAACUGACUCAGUGUGGACUCUCAGAGACCCACUGCGAAGUUGUGGCCUCAGCUCUGAAGUCUGACCCCUCCCAUCUGACAGCACUGGACAUGAGUGGAAACGACCUUCAGGAUUCAGCAUUGAAGCUUCUGUGUGCUGGACUGGAGAGUCCAAAAUGUCGACUUGAGACUCUGAGGUGA